GUAAGCCAGGCUGACGUGAGAGUCUGUGUGAGCGAAGUACUUUACACCUAUCCGAGGGGAGCGCUGCGAUGGGCUCUCUAAAAACAGACAACUUCUGCUCCUGGUCGCUGGGAAUAAGUUGAGUUCGUGGAUCGAGGAAACUACGUGUUUGAAAUGUACACUUCUUGAUGGGCGACUGAAGAAGGCGUAGUUGAUUCAAAGUAAACUCACGCCAACUUCGCAGGUCGCAAUAUAGGUGGAAACUUCGCUAAAAAGAAAGCGGUCUGUUUUGGACUUAUUGUGAGUACUAAAGCAACAUGGAGCCUGAAGACUGUAAAAUAUCAGUUUGGGUCUGUAGAGAAGAGAAACUUGUCUCUGGACUGUCCAGACGCACUACCUGUGCCGAUGUUGUCAAGGUGCUCUUGGAAGACCAAAACCUGCAGCAAGGUGCGUCUGCUGCUAUGUUGUCGGGUUCACCUCAGUCAUACUGCAUUGUGGAGAAAUGGAGGGGUUUCGAGAGGAUCUUACCAAACAAAACCAAAAUUCUUCGUCUUUGGAGUGCUUGGGGAGACGAGCAAGAAAAUGUGCGGUUUGUGUUGGUUAAGAACGAGGCAUCUUUACCGAACAACGGACCGAGGAGCGCUGAGGCGCGCGUAGUUCCAAGUAAAGAGAGCCCGGCGUGUAAAGGGACUGCAAAAACCGCCAUGGCUUUUUCACAAGAGAAACAACGGCGUAUCGUAAGGAAAGCUUUUAGAAAGUUGGAUAAGAUAAAUAAGAAGAGAGAGGAGGCUGUUUCUAAAGACAAAUCAUCUGUGGAGAAAAUGGAGACUUUAGUGCACCUUGUAAUUUCCCAGGAUCAUACGAUUCGUCAACAAAUCCAGCGAAUCAAAGAACUGGACAGUGAAAUCGAAAAGUGCGAGGCCAAAAUCCACUUUGACAGAAUUAAAAGACACGGUAUCAACUAUGUACAGGACACAUAUAUGGUUGAUCAAAAUUCGGAGACGGAGUCGACAGACCAGGAUAUGCCUUGUUCUUCGGAAACUAUUGCUCAGUUUGAGGAGUAUGCGUCAAGAUGCGAGGAAGUUAUCAGGCUUCAGGAGGAACUUGCUGAGCGAGAGGCUCUUUUGGAAAGUCUCACGGGUGAGAUUCAAGAAGAACUAAAUCACCGGUGGAUGAAACGCCGACAAGAGGAGCUGUCCAAUAAAGACACGGAGAGUAUUGCCGAAGAGUUGGCUAUCCGAGUUACAUCAGUCUCCCCCCAACCAGAAGCCGGUGGCCCUGAGGUGGAACUUUUGUCAGAGAAUGAAGUACAGCUAGAGGAGGAAAGAGUCAAAACGCAACUGGACACAAGUUUGUACAUCGGCUUGCGUUUGAACACGGAUUUGGAAACUAUUAAAAGCGACUUGGACAUGAGCCAAGAACAGUGGGAGACGAAAGAAAGGGAACUGACUGCAUUGCUGGAGAAAGUGGAUUCGCUGAAUGUAGAUGAGGUUGAACCUACAAAGGACAUCAAGGGAGACUUACCUGUCAUGGACACCGAAACGUUGCCUUCCAUAGAAAAAAACAGCGGAUGGGUUGAGCAAGCUAGGGGGCUUUCAAAGAGCCGCAACACAAACGAUGAUGACUCAGACACAGGACUGAGCUCGAUGCACAGUCAGGACUCUGACAACACACCUGUUUGCGAAUCUCUUGUGUAAUGGAUUGGUAUCUUGAGCGUGUCGCAUCUCAGGGAACUGUGUGCGUCUAUAAAUUCCAAAAGCAGUUUGUUUUUUUCGUUAUCAACAAACAUGGCAUGCAAUCGUACUGUAUAUGCAUUUGGUCAUCCCACAUACUGGAAAGUACAGUUCAGUCUUGUGAAACAGGCUAGCGUGUACUCACCCAACAGUUGGUUAACAAUUCAGUGCAUUUAUUCAGAUCAUAUUAUCGUAAUUUUUGAUUAAGUGUAUGUAAAUAUGUGUAGGUGAAUAUCUGGAACAUGUAACGUCCUCCUCCCACACAAAUUAUUUAUUGGAGGAUGUUAGUGCUAUUUGGUCUGAUCCUGACAUCCUUGGCUAAAAGAAGAUGCUCAGUGAGUUAUUAGACAGUAGGCCUAUUGCUGUUUGAACUAAGUAACCAUUAAUCAUGUCUUAUUAAAUGAACUGAACUACAUUGAUUCACCUCGUGCUUUAGUCGGAGGGCAUCAUUGUCUUUGCAAUAAAGUGUCUGGGGAAAGAAGGAAGUGAUCAAAGGUAUUCCGCAUAAUUUAGGAGGAAUGUCUUCAACUAAAAUUUCGUGUCACGCACGCAUGGCUGUAUUUAAUCACUCUUAGUUCUGACCUAGUGAUGUGGAAACUGUGAAGAAAAAAACACUGUGGCAUAGCCUACAUGAAAUCGCUUUGAAGAAGACAACACUAAAUCUGACUAAGUCCUUCAGUUAAGCAAUAAAAUGCAGACCUUUUGCAUGA